AUGUCGGAUAUUAAAAAUUGUCCUUUCGAGAAAGUUUUGAACUCUCAAUAUUGUGUUACCCCCGAAAACUAUUAUGGCUCCUGUGUUACUUUAAGCUUUUGCCCACAAAUUGCCAAUGUGUUCCAGAGCGGUAAUCAAAGACAGGCUCAACAAUAUGUUAUACUAUCACAAAGAGCCUGUGGCACUAGAAGUGUAAAUGGCGAUCCAGUGGUCUGUUGCACUCGACCACUUAACGUACCACAAACAACAGCACGUCCCCAAAGACAAACACAAAAUCCUUUCCAGCCACAACCACCACAGACAACACCCAGUGUUUUCUUCCCCAAUACCGAACCACAGACAAAUCCUCAAAAUCCUUUCUUAAAUCCAGCCACAAGAGCACCCGUACCCGUAUCACAACCCACUAGUGCCCCAACAAGAUCACCACAAACUCAACGUCCCACCACCAAUGGCAAUUUAAUUGAUAAUAGAGCUUCGACUUGUCGUGGUCCCGAUGCCAAAGUCGGUAUCUGUAUGCCCAUCAGAGAAUGUCAACCUUUAGUAGAAGAAUUGCUAAUGAAGCAACAAGAUGCCACUUUUGCCAGAUUUUUACAAGUAUCCAAUUCUAUAUGUGGUGGUGCAGCUACUGCCGUUUGCUGUCCCAGUUCCAACAGCCAACAACAAACAUCGACUAAUGCUCCCUUAAUAAAGAAUUCGAAUGAAAUUCCACGACGUUUGCCCACCGUUGAGGAGGGAUGUGGCUUUAGCAAUAAUUCCUAUAAGAAAAUCGUGGGUGGUGAGGUUAGUAAGAAGGGUGCUUGGCCAUGGAUUGCUUUAAUCGGUUACGAUGAUGAAUUGUCGGCAUCGCCGUUUAAGUGUGGCGGUACCUUGAUAACAGCCAGACAUGUGGUAACAGCCGCUCAUUGUUUGAGAAGAGAUUUGUCUUUUGUACGUUUGGGCGAACAUGAUUUAACCACCGAUACUGAGGCUCGUCAUGUAGAUAUUCGUGUUGUUAGAAGUGAAAGACAUCCCGAUUAUACCCCCAGAAAUGGUCAUAGCGACAUUGCUAUUUUAUAUUUGGAACGUAAUGUUGAAUUUUCGGGUAAGUUAAAUAAUAAACUGAUCUAG